AUGGAGCUGCAGGAGGAGUGUAAGCAAGCCAACUUAGCUGGAAUGGCGUUGGAUCGUGCGCAAUGGGGUAAGGAAAGUGGUAAUGAGGUAAAUUAG